AUUACACAGACAUAAUUCAUCGAAGACUGCAGCUAUUCUUUCUCCUCUGGACAACUUUCCAUUCAAUUUUGGCUGUCAGCUUUGGUGAAUGUCUUCCUGUUGAUGCCAGUUCUGUGAGGUUACUUCCGUAUAAAAGGUUUUGGGUUAUAGUGAAUUAACUCAUCGUGCUCAACUUUACGAUGUUUUCCAAGGUUGUUUUCCUGCUACCCUCUUUUCUGUGCGUUGUGGCCGGAAGUUUGCUGCGAUCUACUCCAGAUAUCUCUGCGGACACCGCCACCAGUAUAACUGCAGGUGUCGCUGCCAAUGUUGCUACUUCAGAUGUGUUACACCUUCGUUCGCUGGAUUCACGCGCCGUCGCUCCGACACUCAACUUUGACGACUCGACCUGGAUCUGGACGGGAGAGACGACCGCCCACCUCGGAGUGCGACCAUUCCGCAAGAGAAUCCCCUCUUCGAGUACCAAAUGCCCGGUCUGUGCAACUAUCAUUCUAUCUAGUGAUGACCUCUACUCCCUCAACGUCAACGGCGUGGAGAUUGGCACGGGGGAAGGAUGGCGGAACACUGUUGUCUAUACAGUCGGUCUGAACCCUGAAAGUGAUAACGAAUUUGCCAUUGCCGUGAACAACACCGUAGGAGCCGCCGGACCGCUCAUCGCAACGAUCCUCGUUGACUACAAAGAUGGAACUACCGAAACUGUUGUCACUGACACGACCUGGAAGACUCUCCAAACCGUGCCGCCAACUGGUUGGACGAGCCCGAGUUUUGAUGACUCAGAGUGGCUUGCAGCUGUCAAGGUGUUGCCCGGAACCCAGACGCCUUGGGGCACUCCGUUCGUGCUCCCGCCCGCCAUCAACAUGACUGAUGCCUAUUGGAUCUGGACUAAUGAAACCGAUGCUAAGGGCCAAGAUCCUGUAGGUCAUAGGGCCUUCAGAGACACCAUCACUUCCCCGUACGGAAAGGCUGCUGUUUGUGGCAAGGUAGUUAUCGGCGCAGAUAACAACUAUACUUUAUUCGUCAACGGUGACAGUGUCGGGGUUGGAGGCAAUUGGCACGCCAUGGAGGCGUAUUCGAUCCCUAACUUGGAUCCGGAUGUGAACGUGUUCGCUGUUGAUGGGGAGAAUGACGCACCUGUGAGCCCUGCUGCGAUCAUCGCUGGAAUCCUCAUUGCGUACAAUGACGGGAGUUCGGAGACGUUCUAUACUGAUGACACUUGGAAGACCAUUAUUGGAUUGCCGGGUGGGUUCCAGGAGCCAAGUUUCGAUGAUAGCGCGUGGAGCGAUGCGUCGGAAUAUGGUACAUUCUUGAACGCCCAUUGGAAGAAUGUCACUAUUCCGUUGGCCUAGGACUGGGAUUCUCCCCAAUAUUUCAAGACCUCGCGUCCUUAUAUAUUGAUACCUUUCUCCGCUCUUGUUAUUCCUUUUUAUUUGAUUCCCUCUUUGUUCCAAGUCUAUUUUUUAAUAGUCGUUUUAUCAGUUCUAACAUUUAUUCUGUCUAUCUCUACAAGCUGUGGUCCGCCGCCCAUCUCGGACCCAUCUUCCAACCUUGCUACAACCAGAAAUGGAGACUUAUUUUAAUAUUCU